ACUAUAAAUAAGAGCUGAUGAAAUCUCAAGCUUCACCAGGGUACAACAACAACAACAACACUACCUUAAUUAGUUCCCACACUCAUCUUCUAUAUCUUUCAAUACUAUAUUCUCCCUAGUUCUUAUAAUGGAUAGAGUUAAGGACUUGGCAUCAAAGAAAGCUGCUGUUAUAUUCACCAAGAGUUCAUGCUGCAUGUGUCACAGCAUCAAGCAACUGUUCUAUGAGCUUGGAGCAAGCCCAGCAGUUCAUGAGCUUGACAAUGAUUCCUAUGGGAGGGAAAUGGAGUGGGCUUUGAGGGGUAUGGGUUGCAACCCUUCAGUCCCAGCAGUGUUCAUAGGUGGAAAAUUUGUGGGCUCUUCCAAAGAUAUCAUAUCCCUCCAUGUUGAUGGCUCUCUCAAACAAUUGCUCAUGGAUGCAAAAGCCAUCUGGUUUUAGCUACACCAAGGAGACACUGUUUACUUGGGGACACUUCUGCUUUUUCUUCAGUGUCCUCUUUAAAUUGUAGUACCAAAAAAAAGUCUGUAAAAAAAUAGUUUUCUUUUCUUUUGGUGUUUUGUAAAAGGCUUACUAACUCUAUGCCUACUACUGAAGUAGUAUGAAACUUCGUGCGGCUGAAAGUGACCGAACAUGGUUUAUGCAAACUGUAAUGUUUCUGGGAUUCACUUUCUAUUUGAAAUGCCUUGUGAAAGAAAAAGGGUGUUUCAAUUCAGUACAUUCAUCUAGUUUCACCGUAAAAUGUUCCUCUCGCAUACAUAGCUGAUUAGUUAUCAAUUUAAUCCAUGGUGAACAAAUUUGCUGUGGGAUAAUGAAGUCCGCAGACAGUUAUAUUUUUAAUGAAAAACAAAAGUACGUAUUCCGGUGAGAAAAGGAAUACGGAACACACCCUCAUCUCAUGGUUGUUAUUCCAAGUCUUUGAUGCGAAAAAAUUGUUUACAAAAGGAUAUCAUUGACACCAACUGAGAAAAAAGAUAACAGAAAGAUAUGAUAAGAAGUGUAUAGUUUUUUGUUUAGUGGAAAACAAGAGAGAAAGCUUAAGAAAGGUAUAUGAUAAGAAAUUGUCAAAAUAAGAACAUGCCUAUAACAGAAAAUCAGAGAGAAGAGUUAGAGACAGUAAUAAAAAAGAUAAAUUGUAUGAUCUGUAAGAAAGAGAGCAUGAGAGAAAGAUGUAAAGAAGCCUUGGAAAGUACCAUUCGAGAGAGGAUCAUCAGAGACAUACUAAACCAAUGAGAUAUAACUCAACCCACAUAUAAAGGAUUGAUACCGGUCUUAAUCCAAAACUUUGAGACAAUGAGAUUAUGGGUCUUUAUUUUUAUAUGGUGUUCAACUUUCUCAUUUUUAUUAAUCAAUGUGGGACUUAGACUUACAGUUGAAUUUUCAAGAGUAAAUAACAUAAGUAAAAGUUAAAUCUUGAAUAAAACGGAAUAAUAAUAUAGUGUGAUUUAUAUUAGUAUAUUAUUCCAAGUGUUGAGACAUUAGUAGGAGUUGAUUCGUGACCGCUGAAUUUGGGCACCAGGUGCGAGGGACAAUGAUAAAGUUGAGACAUCACUUGGUGAUAUGUUGGUUUUUUGGUUUGGCUGAAGAGAUAUUCAAAGUUUGAAGCAAGGAACGUGCAUGGCGAGCCUUCCUACCCUCGAGACAAAAAGGUAAUGCAACCACUUUUUGUGUCUCCUUUAUUAUUCCUCCCUAUCCACAACGCAACAUAUUUUAUUUUUCCUCUAUGAUUUUCAUGCGUGUGAAGACUAUACAUAAAAGGGCAUCAUUUAAUUUCUAAAAUAAUUUAUCCGUAGGAGCACGACGUGACACUCAAGCAACAUGCGCAAUCAUAAAUUACUUGUGUUUUUAUUUCUUAGUUAUUACAUUUCGCUAACUCAUUCAUCGAACCAAAACUCUUGCGCCUCGGACACAUGGAUAAGAAAUUGGAUGGUUCAGUUAUGAUGCAUAGAUUCUUCUGUGGAUUGAAUGGUCGCUAAUUCUUCUCAAAAAAGGAACUGUUUUUUGCUCUGAUUUUGUAAGCUUACAAUGUAUUAAUUAAUUCGUGUGAUCAUCCACACACGUGAGAAACCAUGUUAGUGCUGCAUCUACGUAGAGUCUCCCAAUUCCCAAAACUGAACCUCUAGUGUGAGAGAGAAUCGCACACGAGUUAGUGGGUGCAACACGAAGAAUCUUGCAGCCACCGAAAAAGUGAUAUA